AUGUACCUCACCGCAAGUAGACCAGACAUUGUUUUUGCAAUUGGUGUUUGUGCAAGGUAUCAGGCUUACCCAAAAGCAUCUCAUCUAACCGCAACCAAACAAAUACUACGAUACCUAAAAGGAAGCAAAUCUCUUGGUCUAUGGUACCCCAUAGGAAAUGACUUCAGCAUGCAAGCUUUCACAGAUGCGGAUCAUGCCGGAUGCAAGCUCGAUCGAAAAAGCACUUCAGGUGGAUGUCAAUUUCUGGGUGAACGUCUCGUCAGCUGGUCUUCAAGGAAACAAAGUUGUGUCUCUCUAUCAACUACAGAAGCCGAUUCCUCACUGCAGUCUUUCCUUGGUUCAUCCGCGAUGACGACUCUCAACUGUAAGGCAUUUUCAUCCGCGAUGAAGAUUCUCAACCGCAAUGCAUUUUCAUCCGUGACGAAGAUUCUCAAUCGCAAUGCAUUUUCAUCCGCGAUGAAGAUUCUCAACCGCAAUGACGUUUCCAUCCGCGACCAUCAUGAUAAUUUCCCAACUGUUUCAUCAACUCUCGAAUAUUUGUGUGCUAUUUAG